AUGACCCAGGUCGAGUCUCUGCGGGUCCCGCCCCAGCUGGGACCCGUCAAGACUGGCACUCUCAGCGCCGACUUUGACCCAAAGGCCAUUGCCAUCCUCAACACGUACUCGCCAUUCCCCACGUUUCCAGGGUCGACACACUCGAGGGAUCCGUUUGGCCUCAACGCGUUCCUCCUCGACCCCCACGAUGAUAUCUGGAACUACAUGCAGCCCACACCACUACCCCACGACGAGCUCAACGAAGCAGACAGGCCAAAGGACGUUGUCCCCACAGCAGAGCCAUUGCCGUUGGAUACUGCGCCCCCGCGACCUGCGCGUUCCUCGGCGCGUGCCAUUCGUCGUCGCUCCUCCCCUUUGGCCUCCAACCCCCCUGUGAGCCCAAACGAGGACGUAGAGCCAGAGCCAUCAGAGGCUGUGCCAACUGUGGCACGCAAGGCAGCAGCAGCAGCGCCCGUCCCACCAGCAAAGAGCACCCUUCGCACCAUGAUCGGUCGCAAGUCGAUGACCGCGUCCUUGGCCUCGUCAACCGACUCGCUCGCUUUGCCCGACGAGGACACGCCAAUCUCGACCCGCACCCACUCAAUGUGCAGCGCAACCUCGUCAGACAGCUCGUGCGAUGGCGUCCAAACACCUCGUGACGGUUCACCCCUGGACAUCAACGCCGCCAGUGCCCGCCUCGACGCCCUGAAUCAGCUCACGGACAAGUCUGCGGCGCCGAAAAGUGGCUGGCGUGACUGGCUGGGCAGCAAGCGCGUUUCCUUCCUCGGACUUCGUGGCGACCCUGGUACUACUCUUCUCGAGUCGCCCCGUGCCAGCGUUCUCGAUCUCACUCCUGAGAUCCCCGAACCGCAGACGGUAAUCGCUGCCGACAGCGAGGCCGGUCGAUCGGUCGUGGCGCUUCGACGCCUUUCCCUCACCAAGCUCUCGUCCCUCCGCAUGCCUUCCCCCCACCCACUCGCGCUUCUCCUCACCCGCCAGCAUGCCAACCUGCCCGAUGAGGUUGCCUUCUCGAUUCCCGCUACCAAGCGUGUAUUCCCAAUGAGCGUAAAUGUCGUCCAGGCCUUCAACUCUGAGCUCUCACCUGCCCAAGGUGGUCUUCGUCUGGCGCUUGGCGUCCGUGGUGUGAUCGCCAAGAUUGACAGUGGUGAGGCCCCCAAGGAGCUUCUGCGCCCUCGCAAGGCCCAGCGUCACAGCACAAUCCUCCGGCCGAGGGGUGUGCGUGACUUUUGUUCGCGGCGGCCGUUUGAGGAGCGAACCGUCGUGUUUGAUUCCGAUGGUGGCUGCUCGCACGUCACCAUGGCCCGUCCAGGCUAUGCUAUUUGGGACCUCGACUACUCAGAGUACAUCUUGGCCCUUUCCGAGGCCGAGGACUGUCCGAUCACUUGGCCAAUUCCUCGCAGCUCAACCGGCAACAGCUCAUUGUCCAAGCCCAUUCUCAAGGUCGCCAACCCCGACCCCCCAGCCCCCGCCCGCACCACCAUCACUAGACCCGCCGCUCCCACUCGCCCCAAAUCCGCUCCCCAGGUCACCCUCACGCAGUCGCCCCCGAGAUCACCCCCCAAGUCGUCGUUCCGCACCGCCCGCCCCAAGGUGUCGACCUGGGACGACAGCUCUGACGAGGAGCUCGACACUGAAGACGAGACUGCCGUGGCGUCCAAGAAGAUUGUCGCCAUGGCUGCUCCGGCACCCACCAGACCACCAGUUCAGCGUACGCAAACUGCUCCGGCGCGUGCCGUGCGAGACUCUCGCCUCCUCAACCACAGCACUGCCCUCGAGGAAAUCACACGUGCUCGCGAGCGGCGCGAGCUCAGCCGUACUGGAGAGGUUGAGCGCCGCGCAGAGGGCGCAGAGAAACGCCGCCAGAGCCAGCUCGUCGUCGGCGGCCCUCAACAACGCCCUGUUACAAAGCGGAGCUCGACCACAACGCUCAGUGCCACGGCUCAAAGGCAGGCGGCGCAGCAAGCCGCUCAGCAGGAGGAGCGACGCCAGGCGCGAGCCUCGUCCAUCUCCCUGACCACAAAGCCCCACGUCGAGCGGCCCAAGCUCAGCCACCGUGCCUCGAGCGCCACCUUGGCUGCCACCGCCAAGGGUGACCGUCGCAAGCCGACGGUCGAGGCCACCUCGCUCCCUGCCUCACCCCACUCGAAGCCGCAACCCGACCGCCGUCGUGUCGUGUCGCAAUACGACCCCACGGCGCAGGCUCUUCACCACCGCGCGAGCGUCAUGGGCCUGGGCAUGUAUGGCAUGGCACCGCCGGUCCCCGUGGUGCCGGCUGUCUACAGUCACCCAGGCAUGUACCCUGCGCCUACGGUGGCCGCCCCUGGAGUCGUCUACCACGCCCAAUUCCCUGCUACAGUGUCGCGCAUGACGGCCAUGUACGCCCAGCCGCCGCCCCCUCAGGUGUCUCACCGCCGUCGUGAGCGCCCCGUGAGCUAG